AUGGGCGAGUAUCAGAAGACGGUCGUUGCACUAUAUUGGACUUAUGCUCAGAUAACUUUUGAAGUACUUAAGGCUCGAGCGCAUUCUGGCCAAAUGGGGUUUGUCUCUUGGUGGCAUUUUGACUUAGAGGGGGUUAAUGCAUAUCGCAUCAAAGGAAUGGUGGGGAUAUAUCCGGCACCUGGGGAAACGGGAAAGGGAAUUGGUUCGGACACCACCUGA